AAGUCCCGGGCCCUGAACCCAGCCAGAAGGAGCAGUUGGUCUUCGGUAGUGGAGACACCCUGGAACUGAGCUGCCACCUGCCUGGAGGUGGUCCCAUGGGGCCCACCGUCUGGGUCAAGGAUGGCGCAGGGCUAGUGCCCUCGGACCGCAUACUGGUGGGGCCCCAGCGGCUUCAGGUGUUGAAUGCCUCCCACGAGGACACUGGGGCCUACAGCUGCCGGCAGCAGCUCACCCAGCGUGUGCUGUGCCACUUCAGUGUGCGUGUAACGGAUGCUCCAUCCUCAGGAGAUGAUGAAGAUGGGGAGGACGAAGCUGAAGACACAGGGGCCCCUUACUGGACUCGGCCUGAGCGGAUGGACAAGAAGCUGCUGGCUGUGCCAGUCCCAGCCGCCAACACAGUUCGUUUCCGCUGUCCGGCUGCUGGCAACCCCACUCCCUCCAUCUCCUGGCUGAAGAAUGGCAAAGAGUUCCGUGGGGAGCAUCGCAUAGGGGGCAUCAAGCUACGGCACCAGCAGUGGAGCCUGGUCAUGGAGAGCGUGGUGCCCUCGGACCGCGGCAACUACACCUGUGUGGUGGAGAACAAGUUCGGCAGCAUUCAGCAGACGUACACGCUGGACGUGCUGGAGCGCUCUCCGCACCGGCCCAUCCUGCAGGCGGGGCUGCCGGCCAACCAGACGGCAGUGCUGGGCAGCGACGUGGAGUUCCACUGCAAGGUGUACAGUGACGCCCAGCCCCACAUCCAGUGGCUCAAGCAUGUGGAGGUGAACGGCAGCAAGGUGGGCCCCGACGGCACGCCCUACGUCACCGUGCUCAAGUCCUGGAUCAGUGAGAAUGUGGAGGCCGACGCACGCCUCCGCCUGGCCAAUGUGUCGGAGCGGGAUGGGGGCGAGUACCUCUGUCGAGCCACCAAUUUCAUAGGCGUGGCUGAGAAGGCCUUUUGGCUGCGUGUUCAUGGGCCCCAAGCAGUUGAGGAGGAUCUGGUGGAGGCUGACGAGGCUGGCAGUGUGUACGCAGGCAUCCUCAGCUAUGGGGUGGGCUUCUUCCUCUUCAUCCUGGUGGUGGCAGCCGUGACGCUCUGCCGCCUGCGCAGCCCCCCCAAGAAGGGCCUGGGCUCACCCACCGUGCACAAGGUCUCCCGUUUCCCGCUCAAGCGACAGGUAACAGUAUCCUUGGAGUCCAAUUCGUCGAUGAACUCCAACACGCCACUGGUCCGCAUUGCCCGGCUGUCCUCCGGAGAGGGCCCCACGCUGGCCAACGUCUCUGAGCUUGAGCUGCCUGCUGAUCCCAAGUGGGAGCUCUCCCGGGCCCGGUUGACCCUAGGCAAGCCUCUCGGGGAGGGCUGCUUUGGCCAGGUGGUCAUGGCAGAGGCCAUUGGCAUCGACAAGGAGCGUGCUGCUAAGCCCGUCACUGUGGCUGUGAAGAUGCUGAAAGACGAUGCCACCGACAAGGACCUGUCAGACCUGGUGUCCGAGAUGGAGAUGAUGAAGAUGAUCGGCAAGCACAAGAACAUCAUCAACCUGCUGGGGGCCUGCACGCAGGGCGGGCCCCUGUACGUGCUGGUGGAGUAUGCGGCCAAGGGCAAUCUGAGGGAGUACCUGCGGGCACGGCGGCCUCCGGGCAUGGACUACUCCUUCGACACCUGCAAACUGCCUGAGGAGCAGCUCACCUUCAAGGACCUGGUGUCCUGUGCCUACCAGGUGGCCCGGGGCAUGGAGUACCUAGCCUCCCAGAAGUGCAUCCACAGGGACCUGGCUGCCCGCAAUGUGCUGGUGACAGAGGACAACGUGAUGAAGAUCGCAGAUUUCGGCCUUGCCCGCGACGUGCACAACCUUGACUACUAUAAGAAGACCACCAAUGGCCGGCUGCCUGUGAAAUGGAUGGCACCCGAGGCCUUGUUCGACCGAGUCUAUACCCACCAGAGUGACGUUUGGUCCUUCGGGGUCCUGCUGUGGGAGAUCUUCACGCUGGGGGGUUCACCAUAUCCUGGCAUCCCAGUGGAGGAGCUCUUUAAGCUGCUGAAGGAGGGCCACCGCAUGGAUAAGCCGGCCAACUGCACACACGACCUGUACAUGAUCAUGCGGGAAUGCUGGCACGCCGUACCGUCGCAGCGGCCCACCUUCAAGCAGCUGGUGGAGGAUCUGGAUCGCAUCCUCACCGUGACGUCCACAGAUGAAUACCUGGACUUGUCGGUGCCCUUUGAGCAGUACUCCCCGGGAGGCCAGGACACCCCCAGCUCCAGCUCCUCGGGGGAUGACUCCGUGUUUACCCAUGACCUGCUGCCUCCGGCCCCACCCAGCAGCGGGGGCCCAAGGACAUGAAGGGUCACUGGUCCUGCAGGCCGAGCCCCCCUAAUGUGAGAGCAGACCCCAGCCGACUCUGCUGCUGCCGCUGCUGUUGCAUGCAGUCAGCCUGGGCCCCAGACCUGCUGCAGAUGGACAGACCGACGGACGGAGCUUCAUAUCUGUGUGCCUGUGCGUGUGCGUGAGAGCCUUAUGGCCCUCGAGGGUGAGGACCCCGGGGUGUCUGCACUGCUGUACAACAAUCUCCAGGGUCAGCAGCACCGAAGGGCUUUUCUUCUGGGGAGACCAAAUGUCGAAUGUAAGGGGACUCACCCCGUGAGACCCCUUGGGGCAGGGGGCUGGGCCAGAAUGCCUUGGCUCGGGCCUGUCGGCCUCACUGCCACUCCACAGGGAGCAUCACAGAGUGGGCCAGGCUCUGGUGUCCGGGUGGGCCCUGGCCCCUCCCAGUGCCCAAAGCUGAGCCUGCAGGGAAACCCCCAUGGGGCGAGCCUCCCGCCUGAGUGGCAUCUUGUGCUUGGGGGUGAGUGGGCAGCUCCUCUCCUCCAGGCCUCCCCACUAGCCACCCUGCCCCUCAGAGGCUGAAAUUACGGGUACCUGAAGGUGGGAGCCUUUAACUUCUGUCCAAAAGGUUCAUUCCAGAAACGAGUGUACAUUUAUAUAAAUAGAUGCUGUGUAUAUGAUAUACAUACAUACAUAUAUAUAAAUAACUAUAUGGAAGAAGAGGCUGGUACAACGGAGGCAUGGGAUCCUGGGGGUGCAGGAGGCAAGGGGUUGCCCUGGUGGGAGGAGGUCCUCAUGGGGGACUUGCUGUUGAGACAAAAUGCAAAAAAAGGCAGAGGAGCAAGGGGCUUUUCUGUCACUGCAGUUUUGUUUUAAAAAUUGUACCUGGACCUGUAUAUUUGUAAAGCUAUUUAUCACCCUUGUCCUGGCCCCCGCCCCGCACUUAGUAUUUAGCCAGCCACGUGGCAGAGUUUUAAGUUUUAACUUAUUAACAGCUGAGAAAGUUGAUGUCACAUUUAGACGGAUUGCAGGAAUGUAUGUCCAGAUUAUAUCCCAAGGCCGAAGCUGGCCCCCUUCAGGUCUAAAAGGUCAUUAAUAUUUGGAGGUGUUUCCAGUGAGGAUAUUUUAUUUCCUUUGGCCUUCUUUUUGCAGGGGAAUUAGAUUUCUAUAGGAUUUUUUUCUUUAGGAGAUUUAUUUUUUUGAAUUUCAAAGCAAGCUAGUAUUUUCAUACAAAUUCUAAUUGCUGCAAGUUCCAGGCGGGGAGGCAGUGUCCAGGGAGGGGCUGGCCCUGCGUGCAGGUUCAGAUGUUAUUAGAUGUUCCAAGUUUAUAUAUAUCUAUAUAUAUAAUUUAUUGAGUUUUUACAAGAUGUAUUUGCUGUAGACUUAACACUUCUUACGCAAUGCUUCUAGACUUUUAUAGCCUGGACUGCUACCUUUCACAGCUUGGGAGAGAAGGCCGUGAAGUCAGCUUUGUUACUUUUUGUACUGUUAAUGGGCCCUGAGUUGGGUGGCUGUCCCUUGCUCGCCAACCGGCUAGCCAGCACGGUGGUGGCUCAGGGCAGCCUCUUCUCAGGGCCCAGCCACUUGGUGGCCAAAGGUGUAGGCCCAAACCGGCAGAUGUGAUUUUGUUAACCCAGCAGACUUUCUAAAAAAAUAAAAGAGAGACGACUGGUUCUGA